AUGUCUGCCGCAAAGCCCGAGAUCGUCCUAAUUCCAGGUGCCUGGCACUACCCUGAGUCAUAUGCCAAGUUUCGCACUGCUCUUGAAUCUCAAGGAUUGCUAGUCCACAUCCCUCGGCUCACGUCAGUGAAUGAUGAGCGGCCUCCGACCCAAGAUCUCUACACGGACACGACUGCUAUUCGUGAAUUCGUCACAGGACUAGCUGAUGAAGGCCGCAAAUUGUUUGUUCUUAUGCAUUCAUACGGAGGUCAAGUUGGCACCAAUGCUCUUGCAGGCCUUGGAACCGAAGCUCGCAAGCACCUCGGCUUGUCUGGUGGUGUCGUCGAAUUGGUUUAUCUUUGUGCACAUGUACUCUCGGAAGGUCAAGCUAUCUUUAAAGUCAUCGAGGAAAGAGGACACGGAGAAAUCAUACCCUUUAUGUUCAACUAUGCUGAAGAUGGCACCUGUCUUCCGGCGGAUCCCAGAAGUCUUACGGGCCCCGAGAUUUCAGAGGAAGAAUUUCAAAGCUACCUCGCAACCCUGGGGCGCUGGAAUUCCAAAACCUUUGGGCAGCCAUUGGAGCACUGCGCUUGGCGUGAUAUUCCAAUGUCCUAUAUUCAUGCCUUGAAUGACGCUAUCCUACCCCUUGCCUAUCAGAGGGCUUUCGUGCAGGGAGUAGAGGCCACCGUAACAGGCCGCCAGGUCAGGACUUUUGACAUGGAGACUGGCCAUUGUCCAACAAUCACGGCACCGGAGGAACUCGCUCAUAUCAUGCAACAGAUUAUUGCGGGUAGCAGUGUUUAG